CCCCGCUCCCACACCCUCCAGAUCCUAUUCAGAUAUCAUCUGGACAUCGCGACGUACGAUAGACGGCAUGCUUCUGCGCUGUGUUCCGCUGUUCCUUGCGCUCCUUGCGCUAUGCGCCUUUACCGUAGAGGCUCGUCCGAUGAAGGGGACCCUCCUCAGCAGGCGACUGACCGUUGAGGAGAGAAGUUUGACCAAUGCUCAACGUCUCAAACGUGGGCUGCCCCCUAGGUCUCCUAUCAUCGGUCGCGUCCUCCCCGGUCGCGAGGAGCUCGGUCCCACCCCCGCAUCGAAGGCCAAGCGUGGUUCUCCUUCUCCUUCUCCAGCGGCUCAAGUGUAUACUGGCCACCUCGAAAUCAGGCUGGCCAACGGCACCUUCGUGGGCAUGGUGAACAACUCUGCCAAUGGCUUCCCCAAUGUGGACAUCGGUGGCACGGCGGGAACUGAUAUCGAAGUCAAGAUUGCCACCACGAGAACCGGCGGGCCAUUCAGUCUUCUUGCCACUAACCCGGUUUUCACUGGCUCUCCCUUUAUCGGCGGCGGCACCAACGCCACGCUGGGUUCCAACUCUUCAACCAUCGUUCCGCUUGCAAACGUGCCGCAGACCUCUGCCGGCAUUCCGCCGACUCCUAAAGGCGCGUCGGCCUUAUGGACCGUGGAUGCAAAGACGCUGCAACUGACGUCAAAAUGGACUAACCUCGACGGUUCGAGCAUCACUGCCAUCCUCUUGUGGCACAAGGAGUCGAACUUGAUCUUCCUUACUGGCGACGCUGGGAAUAUCGAUGAUAUCAACAAUCCCCAAGUGGGACUCUUCCUGGUCAAGUAAACGCUUCGCUACCUUCGCGCGAAAAAAGACGUGUAGAUUCCUGCGUACGACUGUGAUGAGAGUCACGCAUUCGGACUGGCUGAUAACGGACUUCAAUAACGCCAAAGCUUUACGUGUUCCUGUCACGAUCCCGUAUCGAACGCUCUUGGACUUUUAUGCCACCUCUCCUGAAGUUACGUGCUCCCCGGAGCGCGUCAUUUCCGCGAGAGGGUUCAUGGACUUUUCGGUUUCUAUAGCUGCUUUCGAACUAUCGCCGCUUGCCCUCGCCGUCCUGUACAAACGAUCCUUUUUUGUAUGACCUGUGUGUUUGUACAGUACAUGUAAUGGGUAUUUGUUCGAGUAGUGACUGCACCGGUUU